GUAGAAAGCGAAACUAUAGUAAUUUUACAGUAUGAAUGAUUAUCCACGACAAGAAUGUGCACCACGUGAUUUCAUAACCACGUGAGAAGUACUACUGUCAUGGCGGCACACUGCUCUGCAGGACUUACAAGAGGACUUGGAGGUUUUCUGAGGGGCGUGUGUGGGUUUAAAGUCUGUGGUCCACAAACAGCCCCUCUGUCUCAGCAAUCUCGUUGUUUUUUCUGGAAAAAAUGGAAAAGUCAGUCCCACAGUGUAGUGCGCCCAGAGACUGUCCGGCCUGCCUACCCAGUACCAAAACAUAUAGAGCGCCCUGAUUAUGUGGGCACUGGAGUAGUCCCAGAAUGGCCGGACUAUAUAGAGAUAAAGAACCAGGAGCAGAUCGAGGGCCUGGCCAGAGCCUGUCAGCUAGCCAGACAUGUGCUGCUGCUAGCUGGACAGGGACUGCAGGUUGGUAUGACAACAGAUGAAAUAGACUUCAUCGUGCAUCAGGAGACAAUCAAGUACGAUGCCUAUCCAUCUCCUCUCAAAUACGGAGGCUUUCCAAAAUCUGUUUGCACCUCUGUCAAUAAUGUGGUGUGUCAUGGCAUUCCUGACAGCCGUAAACUUAAAAAUGGGGACAUUAUUAACAUUGAUGUCACUGUAUAUCUAGACGGUUACCACGGUGACACUUCAGAGACUUUUCUGAUUGGUGAGGUGGAUGAGAUUGCACAAAAGUUAGUUGAAACUGCCAGACGUUGCAGAGAUGAGGCAAUUGCCGCCUGCCAUCCAGGGGCCCCCCUCUGUGUUAUAGGAAACACUAUUAGCAAAAUAGCACAUGCCAGUGGCUUCCAAGUGUGUCCGUAUUUUAUAGGACAUGGAAUUGGCUCUAGUUUUCAUUGUCAUCCUGAGAUCUGGCACCACGCAAAUGACAAUGACAUGACUAUGGACGAAGGGAUGGCUUUCACAAUAGAAAGAAGACAUGAUCUAGAUAUGACUGUCUAUCUGCAGAGCCCAUACUUAUGGAGGGGUCAUCAGAGUUCAGGAUUCUUAAAGACAAAUGGACAGCGGUUUCUGUAGAUGACAAAAGGUCCGCUCAGUUUGAACACACCGUGGUCAUUACGGCUAAUGGGGUGGAUAUUCUCACUAAACUGCCUGAAGAGGACAAUGCAUGACCGAUAUAUCAAUCUAAAGCUACUUCCAGUGAAAUGCUGGUUUGACUUUUUAAAUUUGGAGGUUUUGUAUUCUAAAUUGUAUAACUACAAAUUGACCAGUUAUCUUUCUACUCUUAUUUAUUUGUCAGUAAAUAAAAGUUUUAUUUUAAAUGCA